AUGGCAUAGGGAGGCAGUCAGUCAUAUUGAAGUUGUUGCGCUAUAACGUCAUAGGACACAUAACGUAAACAUGGCGGAUCGCAUUAUACUCAAGGAGAUUUGGCUGUAGAGUACGUACUCUUUUAGCACUCGUUAAGUACUUAUUGAAAUGAAGUACCAACUUAGUGAGUACACCAUUUCAGACGCAGCCAUACUCAACGAGAUUUGACGCUUUUUCGAUGACGCCAUCACUAGCGCGCGCUCACGCACUCGUCAGCGCCGAGUCUUCUGAGGAGAGACAUUCAUCUCCAUUGAAGCUCCUCCCACGACAAUCACACAUUUAGUAAUUCAGCAAUAAAUGCUAAAGUGAAGUCGAGCAUCAGAUCAUCAGGAAGAGCUGAAAUCUGUAAAGACUGAGUUUAUUAAAGAGGACAGAGAGAAGAUGAGAGAUCCAGAACCCUGCAGAAUCAAACACACUGAAGAUACUCAAGAAGAAACAGAGUUGAUUGAAGAAGACGAAGAGGAUGAAGAAUUAAGUGAAAUUGAUAUGAAUAAUCAUGUCAAAACUGGAGAACAACUUUUGAAUUGCUUUCAAACCAAACAGAGAGAUUUAAUGAAAAGUGCCGAGAAAUCUUUCACCUGCACUCAGUGUGGAAAGGAUUUCUUAUUGAAACAUCAUUUUGAUGUUCACAUGAGAGUUCACACUGGAGAGAGACCAUUCACUUGUGAUCAAUGUGGGAAGAGUUUCACACAAUCAUCAAGUCUUAAGUUACACAUGAACAUCCACACUGGAGAAAAACCACACAAGUGUUCACACUGUGACAAGAGAUUCAGUCAGUCAGGAGAUGUGAAAGCACAUGAGAGGAUCCACACUGGAGAGAAACCAUACACAUGUGAUCAGUGCGGGAAGAGUUUUACACGAAGACAACAAUUUAAGGCACAUGUGAGAGUUCAUACUGGAGAGAAACCGUACAAGUGUUUAUACUGUAACAAGAGAUUCAGUCAGUCGGGAAACCUGAAGACACACAAGAGGAUCCACACUGAAGAGAAACCGUAUCACUGCACUGAAUGUGGGAAGUGUUUCAAUCAUUCAGUUUCUUUACGCAGUCAUACAAAAAACUAUCACAGCAAGUACUCCUCCCACGACAAUCACACAUUUAAUAAUUCAGCAAUAAAUGCUAAAGUGAAGUCGAGCAUCAGAUCAUCAGAAAAGCUGAAAUCUGUAAAGACUGAGUUUAUUAAAGAGGACAGAGAGAAGAUGAGAGAUCCAGAACCCUGCAGAAUCAAACACACUGAAGAUACUCAAGAACAAACAGAGUUGAUUGAAGAAGACGAAGAGGAUGAAGAAUUAAGUGAAAUUGAUAUGAAUAAUCAUGUCAAAACUGGAGAACAACUUUUGAAUUGCUUUCAAACCAAACGGAGAUAUUUAAUGAAAAGUGCCGAGAAAUCUUUCACCUGCACUCAGUGUGGAAAGGAUUUCUUAUUGAAACAUCAUUUUGAUGUUCACAUGAGAGUUCACACUGGAGAGAGACCAUUCACUUGUGAUCAAUGUGGGAAGAGUUUCACACAAUCAUCAAGUCUUAAGUUACACAUGAACAUCCACACUGGAGAAAAACCUCACAAGUGUUCACACUGUGACAAGAGAUUCAGUCAGUCAGGAGAUGUGAAAGCACAUGAGAGGAUCCACACUGGAGAGAAACCAUACACAUGUGAUCAGUGCGGGAAGAGUUUUACACGAAGACAACAAUUUAAGGCACAUGUGAGAGUUCAUACUGGAGAGAAACCGUACAAGUGUUUAUACUGUAACAAGAGAUUCAGUCAGUCGGGAAACCUGAAGACACACAAGAGGAUCCACACUGAAGAGAAACCGUAUCACUGCACUGAAUGUGGGAAGUGUUUCAAUCAUUCAGUUUCUUUACGCAGUCAUACAAAAAACUAUCACAGCAAGUAGAUCAUCUUCAGAUCCAGCUCUUUCAGAUCUGAUGCAGCAUACUCAACCGAUGAGACACAAUUAUGCAUCAAGCAGUGAAAUAUCAUCUGGAUGAAUCUCUCAUUACAAGUGACAUGACAAAGAAACAUCUGAAGUUUUCACAGUGAAUAAAGUUCAUCUUCAAAAGCAGCAGAUUCAACUGUGAGAUUCAGAUCAACUCAAAGAUGGAGUUCCUCUCCAAAAAAACAAUGUCACAAAUUAGAAUAGAAUAAAAUAAAUGCCAUUGCCUGUCCUCUCAGGAUACCUGGAAUCACUGGAACAAGUAUUCCAGGAACAUCGUUUUCCCAUGUUUCCAUCUACAGAUGUCUGAGUUCUGCUCCCUGUGCAACUGAUACUCGACUGCCAUUGGCUCUUCUGCGUUAGAGGGAAGGGGUUUACCUGUAGGUCAUUAUUCAAAGCUUUCUAACACGGUUUAUGCUAAAAAUAAAUGACACCUUUCAAAUGUUUUGUUCCAUUACAGCCAGUUAUCUGGUUCUACAGCUGAUUCUUUGUUUUAUUAUAUUUUAUAAAAAUAACAUCAUUGCCAAAGUCAUUAAUUUGUGUCUGUGUACUGGCAAUAAAAUAAGUGAAUAAAAAAAAUUCAUGAAUUAAA